AUGACUAAGAAAUUACGAAAGUUAGAGAAAGUGGUAUUGUACAAUAGCAAAAGCUGGAGUGUUGAUGAUGAGGUGAAAAUUAAGAAGAAGAAGAAGAUGAAUAACAUCAGCAAUACCAAUAGGAUUUUGAUAUCAAUCAACAUUGUUGGUAGUUCUGGAUUAUUAACAAUUCUGGUUAAUGAGGAUGAUGUUGUUUGUGAUGUUAUUGACAAAGCUCUCAAAUCUUAUGCACGUCAAGGAAGAUUACCUACUUUGAAAUCUAAUACAUUUGACUAUGUUCUACAUUGCUCAAAUGAUACCUCUGAUGCUCUAGGUCCAUCUGAAUCCAUAGGAACUUUUAGAACAAGAAAGUUUGUGCUAUCUGAAAAUCAAGCAUCAUCAACAAAGACAGAAGAAGCACAAUCAAAAGGAAGAAAUGGUACUUGGAAAUCAUUUAGUUUCAAAAAAUUACGUUCCGCACUGCAUUGUGCAGCUAUAGGUGGUGUUAGAGAUUAA